UUUACUGUGUGAACAGUUAAUGUCAGUAGAGUGGCACAGAUAGGGGUCUAUUUUAGUGAGAUGUUCCCAUGCGCGCUGAAACUAUAAAUCUAAGGAUUUUCUUCGGUCAGCCAGCUGACUCGCACUCCUGUCUUUUCUUCUUCUAGCAGAUAACUGAGAACUAAAGAAGGAUGUCUGACGCCCCCCAACCAAAGCCAAAACCCAGGAUCACUUCAGCUCGCCGGCUGGGCUUGAAGAUAAGGCUGCUGAAUACAGCACUGGACAUGCUGAUAGUAGAGAAGCAGGAUAAAGAGAAGGAGAGGGAGCAAGUGCUCAGUGAGAGAGUUCCUCCGCUCAAUUUUUCCGGUCUGUCAGUACAGGAUUUACAGCAACUUUGCAAGGAAUUGAAUCACAAGAUUGACGUGAUUGAUGAGGAACGCUAUGACAUUGGCAUUAAGGUGGCCAAAAAUGACAAAGAGAUACAGGAAAUGAAUCAGAAGAUCUAUGAGAUGAAGAGCAAGCUAAAGAGGCCUAACCUGAAGAGAGUCAAACUGUCAGCAGAACACUUGCUAAGUGUCCUUCUAGGCUCCAAACACACACAGUCCAUUGACUUCAAAGCUAACCUGAAGACAGUGAAGAAAGAAGAGGAGAAGAAAGAAGAGGUGACUGAUUGGCGUAAAAAACGUAGAGCAUUGUCUGGAAUGGAAGGGAGGAAGAAGCUGUUUGAUGCUGGACAGUAAAAGAUGGCAGCAGUACCAAACCAAAGAUGACGUCAAAGAUGUAAUCACUGUUUUUACUUCAGAUAGUACUUUUUCAAAGAGUAAAAUGAGCUUUGACUAACAAUGUUUCACUGUAACGUGUUUUCUUACUGUAAGUUAAGGCUAACUGAUCAGUUUCACAGAAUGCAGGGUAACACUUUACAAUAAAAUCCCAUUAGUUAAUGCAUUAACUACAUUAACUAACAAUGAGCAGUACAUUUGUAACAGUAUUUAUACAUCUCAGUUGUUAACUUUAGUUAAUUAAAAUAAAACUGUUAGUUCGCAUGUCAGCUCCAUUAAAUAUUAUUUCAUGAUUGAUUUUACUUUUGACUUUAU